AUGUACUCGCCGGAAGAGGCCGCUGCGCUGGAGAAGCGCAACUUUCACAGCAUCAGAGAGAUGAUUCGUCUCGCCUACACGGUGGGCUUUAAUCUGAUGGAGCCCACACGUUGGGAUCGGGCAUUGAGGGUAUGGACCAUCGUGCUGAGUCUGAGCAGCUUGGCUUCCCUCUACGGCCAUUGGCAGAUGUUUAUGCAUUAUAUCGAGGAGAUGCCGCAGAUAGUUGAGACCGUGGGCACUGCGCUGCAGUUUCUCACAUCGAUUGCCAAGAUGUGGUACUUCCUCUAUGCCCAUCGCAGGCUGUACGAGCUGCUCAGGCAGGCGCGUUGUCACGAGCUGCUGCAACGCUGUGAGCUCUUCAGCGCCAUUUCGGAUCUGCCUGUGGCUGAGUCUCUGCGUCAGCGUGUCUCUGACAUUAUGCAACGUUAUUGGGGCAGCACACGACGCCAACUUUUGAUCUAUCUGUACAGCUGCAUAGCCAUCACGUCGAACUACUUUAUCAGCUCGUUGGCGAGCAAUCUCUACCGCUACUUCACCCGCCCACACGGCACCUUCGACAUUGUUCUGCCUUUGCCCUCGCUCUAUCCUGGCUGGGCGGACAAGGGUCUGGCCUUUCCCUACUACCACAUGCAAAUGUAUCUCGAGUCCUGUUCCCUGUACAUCUGCGGCAUGACUGCCGUUAGCUUCGAUGGCAUCUUCAUUGUGCUCUGCCUGCACAGUGUUGGCCUCAUGGAGUCCCUCAACGAAAUGAUUGCCGGCGCCACGUCGUCGCUAGUGCCGCCAGAGCGUCGUGUGGAGUACCUACGCUGCUGCAUCUAUCAAUACCAGCGAGUGGCCAGUUUUGCAGAGGAGGUCAACGACUGCUUUCGUCACAUCACGCUCACACAAUUUCUGCUCAGCCUGUUCGGCUGGGGCCUGGCCCUGUUCCAGUUGAGUGUGGGACUGGGCAACAGCAGCAGCAUCACAACGAUCCGGAUGACCAUGUACCUGCUGGCCUCCGGCUAUCAGAUUGUCGUCUACUGCUACAAUGGCCAGCGAUUUGCGACAGCUAGCGAACAGAUUGCUGGUGCGUUAUAUGCGUGCGAUUGGUUUGGGGAGUCGCGUGAGUUCCGGCAACUCAUUCGCAUGAUGCUGAUGCGCACGAAUCGUUGCUUUCGACUGGACGUGUCCUGGUUCCUGCCCAUGUCACUGCCUACCCUAAUGUCGAUGGUUCGAACAAGUGGACAGUACUUUCUGCUGCUGCAGAAUGUCAACGAGAAAUAG